AUGAAUGCUUUAGUACUAUCACCUUUUAGGGUGGUGUUCCAGUGGGGCGAGGGCAGCUGGGGCAAGGCUGUGGGCAAGGACGCGGUGGAGAACUCGAACUUGGGCUUUGACAAGGAAGAGGAGGCUCGCGAGAAGGCUCGCAAGGAGGCGGAGGCGGCAGCGAAGCGCGAGGAGCAGUUGCGUCGCUCAGCUCCUGCCUACAACCCUGUGGACCGCAGUGCGCCGGAAGACCAUUCAAUUGAAAAGGUGCUGAACGAGAUGGACGACACGUUGCAGCUUAUUGCUGCGAUGCCGUACCUUGAUGAGGACGACGAGCAGCAGCGUGCCAUUAAGGUGCACUUCGAGCAGGGCUCGGGUCUGGAUGACCUCGAAGCCCAGGGUUACACUGUUAAGGCUGGUGUGAUUAAGAUGUGGCAGGGUGAGCGUGAUCUGAACACACUCAUUCAGGGUGUGAAUGCCGACUCAGCCAUUAUUCUACAGCGGAUCCUGUUGCACGCAUUUGACAUCGAAAAGCAGUUGAACGAGAUCAUCGCCAAUGGAGGAGUUGAUGACGAGGAUGCUGCUGACGCCCAGAGCAAGUAG